AUGUCGGAGCAAGCCUCACAUCGGUCGGCCAGCAAUGGAAGCCCGCCCCCUGAUGAUCUCGAGCACGAACUCGAUGCCUUUGUACAGCCGCUGCUUAUUGACGAUAACGUGGUACACAGCCUGGCAUAUAAGUUCUCCAAGGUAUAUGGGGAGCUAGCCUUAUGCUCCGAAGAGCAAUUCCUGCCUACUCCUGUUACCAAGUUGCCCACUGGUCAUGAGACUGGUCAGUUCCUGGCCAUCGAUGUUGGAGGCACCAACCUUCGAGUUGCAUUCAUCGAAUUGCUGGGCGACGCGGAGGAGCUGCUGCCUACAGCCAAUGGAGUGGAACGAUCACGUGAGACGAUCCGGAAUGCUCAACGUCCUCGUGUGCGGCGGACACUGGAGAAGGCGUGGCCUAUCGGAGAGCAUUUGAAGAUGGACAAGACAGAGGACCUCUUCGCCUGGAUUGGCGACUGUAUAGCAGAGGUCGUUGGGGAUCGGUUGACCUCAGAUAUGGGCAAGGUGGAUGUUCCUGACGAGCUCCCAAUGGGCAUCACUUUCAGCUUUCCCAUGAUGCAAACCGAGUUAUCCGCCGCGACGUUGAUGCCCAUGGGGAAAGGUUUCACUAUCAGUUCUGAUCUCGACCUUGGAUCUACUCUAUUACAAGGCUAUGCCCGCCACACGCGCCGACAAUCUCCCACAAGCUCGUCACCAAAAGCAAAGCGGAGGAAGCUCGGCCCACUUCCCCGGCUCAAGAUCACUGCCAUCACCAACGACACGAUUGCCACUCUCGCUUCCCUGGCAUACACUGUCAAAUCCCUCCCCAACUCUCGGGUCGUCGCUGGCAUCAUUGUCGGCACAGGGUGUAACGCUACGAUUCCCAUGAAGUUCUCAAGCUUGGGAGAGGCCAAAGUCGAACCCAUCAGAAAGAACAAACCUCAUGCUACCGAGACGGUCGUGAAUACUGAGAUCACAAUCGCUGGUGCUUGUGGCCCUUUACAGGAUAUCACAACUGAGUGGGAUCGUCAAUUGGACCUGGCGUGCGCGCGGCCGGGAUUUCAACCCCUGGAAUACAUGACUGGAGGCCGAUACAUUGGAGAGCUGAUUCGCAUUAUUUUCUUUGACUACAUGACGCGUGCCCACAAACCACCGGUGCCAGCAGCGUCUCUUCCCGCCACGAUUGUACACAGCUAUAGUUUUAGCACCACCUUUGUGAGUGCCGUCGUUGCUCGAGCCCGGUCAGAUUCAGAACUGGCUGGUGAACUGAAGCGUCGCAUUCCUCCCCCCGAAUCUUCGAACUGGGGAUGGACACCGCAUUCGGCCGGCGCACUUCGCAAAAUUGCGCAGCUGGUUCAGGUUCGGUCUGCUGGGCUUAUUGCAGCCGCUACAGUCGGACUUCUGGCUACUGUGGGCGAGAUCGCACUGACAGAGCCUGGCAGCCCUGCGUCAGUUCCUGAUGCGAUGGUCUUGACCGACAGUAAGCCAGCAUCCCCCAAGUCAAGCGUACCUUCUCUUCCACAACGUGACGUGAGAGAUGGGCUAUCGCCCGCCCCUGGAGCAACAGCGUGGAAGUCAGGACCCGAGGAACUGGUUAUCGCUUAUACCGGCGGUAUCAUUCAACACUAUCCUAACUUUAAAGAGCAAUGCCAACGGUUUAUCGACCGGCUGGUAAUGAGAGCAGGUCCUCAAGACGGCGGUAAGAGUGUGUUCUUAAGAGAAGCUCGGGAUGGCGGCAUCAUUGGUGCUGGUGUCCUUGCAGGGAUGGAGACUCAGGAACGGGGCUUGUCAUGA